AUGCUCUGGCUUCUGACCCCAGGCACUGGUCUCUGCAGCAUCCAGGCCCCUCAGGUCACCUUGCUCCCAGGGUGCCCCUGAGCUGAGGAACUGGGGGGUUGUGGGGAGGAGGGGGGUGUGUACUUCACUUUCAGGGGAGCCCAGGACACAGUAGCAGGAUGGGUGGGCGGCCCUCGAGCCCCUUGGACAAGCGACAGCAGCAGCACCUGAGGGGUGAGUGGACUGGGAAGGAGCGAGAUUUUGGCGGGUGGGGUUUAGGGCUGGGUUGUCAGGUACACAGGGUGACCUAUUAACGUGAAUUCUAGAGAGGCAAUGAAUACUUUUUUUAGUAUAAGUAUGUCCCAGAUUUUGCAAGAGGGCAUACGUAUGCUAAAAAUGUAUUCGUUAUUUACCUGAAAUUCAAAUUUAAUUGGCGUCAUGUACUUUUAUUUGGUAAAUCUGGUAAACCUACUCAGGGCAUGGGUUUGGGGUGGAGGGCAUAGGGCCAGGUGGGAAGUGCCCCAAGCCCAGCCAGAUCUUGUGGGAUGAUCCUCCCAGGUGGGCAAGGACCAGUAGGCCCCUCAGUGUGGACCCCCAGGGACUAAGUCACAGUUCUUGAUUUGAGACAAAGAAGGGCCAGUGUCCUCCAUCCUCCACACACGCAGUUGAGCACUUACGGUGUGCUGGGCACUGGGGAUAUGGAGGGGGGGCUCAUGAUCUAGACUAAGAAACAAGGCCAAGUUGUCAUUACAUGAAUGGAUUCAAUAAGCUACUCUGCAAAGUGUUGGAAUUUUCUUUUUCUGUAGUGGCUUAAACGAGAUAAAGAUUUGUUUCUCUCUCCUAUAGAGGGGAACAGUGGCAGGCAGCCUGAUAAAAGUCAGACAACCCAUCCCCUUCCAUAUUAUGGUUCUAACAUGCGUGGCUUCUGUGCCUGAGGUCACCUCAUGACUCAGAAUGGCUGCUGAAGCUCCAGUCAUCGGAUCCACAUUCCAGGCAGCAAGAUAGAUGUGUUUUACACACAGUCAAGUGCACACAUAUUAGGGGAACAGCUUGAAGAACUUUAACACUUGUGUAAUCACCUCCUAGAUCAGGAUACAGAAUACUUCUAUCACCCCAGAAAGUUCAUGUGUGCUGGGUGAGGUUUUUAAAAGAUUUUGUAAAUCUCCCCCAGUAAGGGGCAGAAGGAAACUUUCAGGUACAAUUGAUCUGUUCUUUAUCUGGGUCACGGUGAUGGUGUCACGGGUGUGUACAUGUGUCAAACUCAUUCAUUUCUAUGCUUUAUACAUUUAAGGUGUGUUGUACAUCGUUUAUAAAUUACGCCUGAAUCCUUUAACUCCCCCACCCCCCACCAACCCCCAUGUGGAUAAAAACAGGCAAUGGAGGGUUAAGGGUGAAUGGAAUUGGAGCAUGUCUUCUGGGGCAACUUUGGGGUGCGGAUAGGAAUCUGUAAGUGGCUUCUCUGCCUGUUCUGCCCCCACCUCCGGCAGGUUGGGGGGGACCUGAUUCAGCCACUUCACUAUCCUUUUGUCCCUGCAGGCCAGGUAGACACCUUGCUGAGGAACUUCCUGCCCUGCUACCGCGGGCAGCUGGCAGCCUCGGUCCUGUGGCAGAUCUCCCGAGAGCUGGGCCCCCAGGAGCCAGCCGGAUGCCAGCUGCUGCACAGCAAAAAGCUGCCCCGAGUCCGGGAGCACCGAGGGCCCCUGACCCAGCUGCAGGGCCACCCACCUCAGUGGCAGCCAAUCUUCUGUGUCCUGCGUGGGGACGGCCGCCUGGAGUGGUUCAGGCACAGGGAGGAAUAUGAAAAUGGGGACCGUCCCCUGGGCUCCGUGGUCCUGACAGGGUACACAGUCCUGACUUCCCAGAGUGAAUAUCUCCACCUGUUGGACACUCUCUGCCCAGAACCCUCAGGACACCAUGCACAGGAAGAGCCUGACCCCCUCUUGGAAAUGCCUGUCAGUUUCCCCCUGUUCCUGCAGCACCCCUUCCGCCGGCACCUCUGUUUCUCUGCAGCCACAGCGGAGGUGCAGCGUGCCUGGAGGCUAGCCCUGCAGGGCGGCAUCCGGCUUCGAGGCACAGUCCUGCAGCGAAGUCAAGCCCCAGCCGCCCGUGCCUUCCUGGACGCCAUACGGCUCUACCGGCAGCAGCAAGGCCACUUUGGCGACGACGACGUGACCCUAGGCUCGGACGCCGAGGUGCUGACUGCGGUACUGAUGCGGGAGCUGCUGCCUGCGCUGCGAGCCCAGACCCUGCCCGGCCUGCGCGGGGCCGGCCGCGCUCGGGCCUGGGCCUGGGCCAAGCUACUGGACGCCGUCCACGCUGCAGUCCUGGCCGGGGCCUCCACUGGGCUCCGCGCCUUCCAGCCCGAAAAGGAGGAGCUGCUCGCCGCCCUGGAGAAGACUAUCCGCCCAGACGUAGAUCAGAUGCUGAAGUUGCGGGAGCGCGUGUUAGGGAGGCUGCAGGCCAACGUCCAGGGUCCCCUCGAAUCGUGCCUGCGCAGGAAGGUGGAUGCGCAGCUGCCCCGGGUCACGCAGACGCUGCUGAGCACCGUGGAAGCUGAACUCACGGCAGUGCAGACCCUCCUAACCCAGGGCAUGGACCGCCUGUCCCGCCACCUGCGUGGGAGCCCCUCCAGCACCCGGCUGCGGAAGGAGGUUUACUCAUUUGGGGAGAUGCCAUGGGACCCAGAGCUGAUGCAGACCUGCUACCGAGAGGCGGAGCGGAGCCGGGGGCGCCUGGGGCAGCUGGCAGAACCAUUUGGCUUCUUUGGAACUCAGAGCCUGGUGUUUGGGGCCCAGGAUCUCGCACAGCAGCUCAUGGCUGACGCCGUGGCCACCUUCCUGCAGCUGGCUGACCAAUGUCUGACCACGGCUCUGGACUGUGACCAGGCUGCCCGGCAGCUGGAGAAAGUCAGGGGGCGCGUGCUGAAGAAAUUCCAGUCGGAUAGUGGCUCAGCGCGGAGGCGGUUCAUCCAUGGCUGGCUGCUCUGCAUCUUCUUGCCCUUCGUGCUGAGCCAGCUGGAGCUGAGCUGCAAAGCGGAGCUGCCUGAGUUCGAAGGGGACGUCCUUGCUGUGGGCAGCCCUGCUCUGACCAUUGAGGGUAUUUAUGAGGAUGUCAUCCGGGGGGUCCUGCUGCAGAGGAUCAGUCGAGAAUUGAAAAAAGCCCUUGGUGCCAGCAACAUGUCCUGCACUCUGGAUGGCUGCUCGGAGCUUCCAUGGGACCAAGGAGAAACAGAUGUGGAAACUGAGGCUCAGAGAGGCACUUACUCCAGGCAACCAGGCUCCAGCACCGAGGUCUAGCCACUCUGCCCACUGCCUCCUCCAGGGACGUUCCAGAGCUGAAGCUUUGCCCACAUUCAUCGUCAUUCUCAAUGGAUAAAUGUCUACUAGUGGAAUUUCUGAGUCAAAGCAUAUGUACCAGUUCAAGGCUUGUAUAAUCCCCACACCUCUGCCUUACUCCUCUCCAGAAAGUCUAUGCCUUUUAACACUCUCACCAGCAGCAUUUAUACGUAUUCUCUUUUCCAAACACUAGGAAUUUUCAUAAAAGGAAAAACUGCCAGUUUGAUAGACACACACACAGAGUGCAUUGUUUUAUUUAAAAUUUCUUGGAUGACUACAU